AUGCUGCGCCUGACUCUGUCUGCACUGGGCCGCGUUGCCUCUGCCUCGUCUGCCUCAUCAGCCUCAUCCACCUGCAGCACGCCACGCGCAAUGACUUGUGCCAUCCGUCAUUACAGCUCACGGCCGAUGGAGCCGCCGACAACCGGGUCACCCGGAACAAAACGGACCAUCAUUGAUCUCAAGAAAAUGCACAAGCAGAACGAACCCAUCGCAAUGGUCACUGCAUACGAUUAUCCGUCCGCACUGAUGGCUGAAAUGGCCGGAAUGGACAUGAUUCUUGUCGGCGAUUCCCUGGCCAUGGUCGCGCUUGGCUACGACAGUACCACCUCGAUCACAAUGGAUGAAAUGUUGCACCACUGCCGAGCAGUUUCGCGAGGCGCAAAAAAGCCCUUCCUGGUCGGCGACAUGCCCUUUGGCAGCUACCAGUCUUCCGCCGAUAAAGCCGUUGAAAAUGCGACCCGGUUCAUCAAGGAGGGCAACAUGGAGUCGGUCAAGCUCGAAGGCGGUGUUGAGAUGGCAGACGUUGCCCGCCGCAUCGUUCGUGCCGGCAUUCCAGUUCUGGGCCACAUUGGGUUGACACCACAAAGCGCCACGGCCCUGGGUGGGUUUCGCGUUCAAGGAAAGACCGCCGAAGCAGCGGCCCAACUGCUCGAGGACGCUCAAGCGCUCGAAGAUGCCGGCUGCUACGCCAUUGUGGUCGAAGCUGUUCCUGACAAGGUUGCCGAGUACAUUACGCAGCAGAUUUCCGUGCCUACGAUUGGCAUUGGCGCUGGUCCGCAAACCUCUGGCCAAGUCCUCGUGUACCUCGACAUGCUUGGAAUUUUCGAUCGCUUUGUGCCAAAGUUUUGCAAGCAGUACGCCAAAAUGGCGCCAGAAAUCAUCUCUGCAUUGCAGAACUACACCAAAGAGGUGAAGGCGCGCUCCUUCCCUGCGCCAGCCAAUUGCUACCCAAUCAAUGACGAGCAAUGGAACCUGUUCCUCAAGCGUGUUCAACACCAACACCAGCAGCAACAGCAACCGCAUCAACCUGGCUCGGCUGCUCCCAUCGUGGAUGCUGACUCCAAGAAGCCCGUCAACGUUCACGAGAUCGAUCCAGCCGCCCUGCAGGCCCUGUUUUCCUCAAAGUCUGUCAAGCAGCAACUCAUCACGACGUACGGCGGCCAACAGCGCAUCAUUAGUCGCGGUUAUUCGUCGUUGGCCCGCACCUCUGCUAGCAGCACCGCUACUGCCGCGCCCGCGACUCCCCGCAACAUUGUCGUCCUCGGAGCAGGCGCAAUGGGUCUGGUGAUGACUACCUUGCUCGCCGCAUCUCCCCAGCUGACUGUUUGGCUGGCGGACGCGUGGAAGCCAGUUGUUGACGCUGUUCAAGCUCGGGGCGUCCAGCUGCAAGGCGAGCGUGUUGCUCAAACGUUCAAGGCCGCAACUGCGCAAGCCGAGAACGCUGCAGUGCUCGCUGCUUCCUCGAUCCGUGCUCUUCAUGUGCCCGCGCUUGCGGGGUCUGUGGUCGAUCCUGUGUCGAUUGCCGCACUGCAAGCGUUGCCAUCCUCCAUCGACGCUCUGGUCGUUCUUGUCAAGUCACAGCACACGCAAGCCGCUGCCCGUGUCAUCCACCAUGUGCUCCAACAGCGCUCCACAAAGCACGCUGUCGUGCUCUCGUUGCAAAACGGACUUGGGCACACCGAAACCCUCGCGUCCACCUUGGCUUAUUCGCCCAACGCGUCUGCAUCACGUUCCUCAACUGACGCUUUCGCCUCGACCAUUGUUCAUGGAGUUGUCUGGAGUGGAGCGCGCGUGACUGACCACGGUGUCGUGCAAGUCACGGCGGGGCGUCCCGAUUUGACACUGCCACUUUCCUCGAGCGAGCAGCCAUCAAACCAUCAAGAAAUCCUUGCUUUUCUGGCAGAUGCAUUGCGGUACGGCGGCGCUACCGUUUCGAAUGUCCCUGCCCAGGCUGCCACGUCGCUGACUUGGCAAAAAACGAUGGUCAACGCUGUCAUCAACCCUCUCACGGCACUGCUGCGCGUCCCAAACGGACAGCUGGCCGCGGUGGAAGAGCUGAGGGCUGCCGCGCGUGACAUUGCCGACGAGUGCGCAGCGAUUGCAAACGCCAGCGGCGUUGCCCCGACUCCCGCUUUCGCCGACACGCAAUCGCCGCACUUGUGGUCAUCGGCCAUCAUUUUCCAGGCAGCCAUGCAGGUGGCCGAGCGCACGGCAACAAACCGAUCCUCCAUGCUGACAGAUGUCGAGCGAAACCAGGUCACGGAAGUUGAUUUCAUCAACGGCGCUUUGGCGCGCGCUGCGACAAAGCAUCACGUCCGCUCGCCCCUCAAUUCCCUCUUGACGCUGCUGGUCAAUCGACAACAGUCAUAA